AUGACUACUAUCUUAAUACUGUUGUUUACUAUUUGCCAACUAUCUAAUGCUAUUGAGUAUGAAAAUUGUGGAGGUUCACCUUUAUCUGAUUUCUGUGAAACCAUUACUUGGCAAUACAACCAUAGUUGUUCCUACAUUGCAAAUAAAUAUAAUUUGACAAUUCAUGAGUUAGUGGAUUACAAUUGGCCCAUUAGUGAAUACCUGAGCUACCUGGACAACUACUAUUGUAGUAUGUUUACAGAAGGUGAUCAGAUCUGUAUAAGUCAACCUGAUUAUAGUGAUUGUGGGGCAUAUCCAAUUUGUAUCUUUGAACAUCCUGAAUACUUCUGUGAUUCGUAUACACUUGAAAAAGAUUAUAUCACCUGUGAAGAAAUUUGUGAAAUUUAUAAUAUCACCAUGGAGGAAUUCAAGGAUUGGAAUAGACAUAAUGAAUUGACACUUCAGUGUUGGAAUUCUUAUUGGAUGAAGGAAGGUAAUACAUAUUGUGUUUCCAAGCCAAAUAUAACAGACUUUACAGAUUGUGUGAGCAUAGCUGAAGCUGAAAACAAUCCAACUAAUGCUGAAUUCUAUGAAAGUCUCGAAAAUGAAUCUAUUGGACCAUUGCAUGUUCAUCCAUCUUCUACUGGAUCAUCCCCGGACCAUUCAGCAAAUCCAACAGCUAAAGUUGAAUAUAGAAACUGUGGUGGUUUACCGAAAUCAGAUUUUUGUCAGACUAUUACCUGGCAUGAUAAUUACAAUUGUUCUUUUAUUGCUCGUAGGUUUGGCUUAACUUCCAAUGAAUUGGUUGGAUUCAAUUGGGAUGUUGAUAGUGAUCUGUACUACACAGUAGCUACUUACUGUCUGAUGUUUAUUGAUGGUGAUGAAGUAUGUGUUACUAAACCAGAUUACAGUGAUUGUGGUGCAUAUCCAUUCUGCCUUUUCGAAUAUCCGGAGUACUUCUGUGAAUCUUAUACACUUGAGGAAGAUUAUAUGACAUGUGAAGAAAUUUGUGAUAUGUAUAGCAUCAGUGUUCAAGAUUUUAAAGAAUGGAAUGCACAUAAUAACUUGGAACUUACUUGUGGAGCUGAUUAUUACAUGUACGAGGGUAACACAUAUUGUAUUUCGAAACCAAACAUUACAGAUUUUACUGAUUGUGUGAGUAUUGCUGAAGCAGAGAACAAUCCUUCACGUGUAUCAUACUAUGAAAGUCUCGAAUCUGAAACUGUGGGGCCCUUACACACAAGAAAAACUUCUACUUCUACGAUAACGAGUGGUGCAUCUGGAACUAGUUCAGCAGAAGUUGAGUAUGAAAACUGUGGUGACUUACCAUUAUCUGAUUUCUGUCAAACAAUCACUUGGAAAUAUAACUAUAAUUGCUCUUUGAUAGCAACUAAGUACAACUUGACAAUAAAUGAGUUGGUUCGUUUCAAUUGGGAAGUUGAUGAAUACCUGGACUAUCUGGAUUUAUACUAUUGUAGUAUGUUUACUGAAGGUGAUCAAGUUUGUGUUACUAGACCCGACUACACGGGAUGUGGGACAUAUCCAUUGUGUGUCUUUGAUCAUCCAGAAUAUUUCUGUGAUUCAUAUACCUUAGAUAAGGAUUACGUAACAUGCCAGGAAAUUUGUGCCAAGUACAACAUUACUUUAAGGGAAUUUAAAGAAUGGAAUAAACACAAUAAUUUGAAGCUCAAAUGUUGGAACCAAAAGUGGAUGGAAGAAGGUGACACUUUUUGCGUUUCUAAACCAAAUAUCACUGAUUUCACAGAUUGUGUAAGUAUUGCCGUGGCAGAACAUAAUCCAGCGAAUGUUAAUUUAUAUGAAGAUUACUUUGAUGUAUCUAUACGUCCAUUGUCUACCCUGUCAACUUCUAGAUAUUCAACUUCAUCAUCAAAAACCAUAUCUUCCAGUGCAACUGAAUCUGGAUCUGCAGAUAACAAGUAUGCAAAUUGUGGAGGCUCACCAUUGUCUGAUUUCUGUGAAACCAUUACUUGGCGCUACAACGAUACGUGUGAUUCCGUCGCGAUCAGGUACAAUCUAACAAGAAGUGAACUAGUAUUUUUCAAUUGGGUGGUAAGAGACUACCAAUAUUACCUGUACUAUUCAUAUCCAGGGGAUCAUCUGGAUAUUUUUUAUUGUGCUUUGUUUACCGAAGGUGAUCAAGUUUGUGUGACUGAACCCGAUUAUAGUGAAUGUGGUGAUUAUCCAGUGUGUAUUUUCGAGUAUCCCGAAUACUUCUGUGAUGUCUAUAUUCCAGAUAGCUGGAACAUUGACUGUUAUCACGUUUGUAAAAUGUACAACAUCACUCUUGAAGAGUUUAAAGAAUGGAAUAAACAUAAUGAGUGGAAGCCUUCCUGUUGGGAUAGGUCCUCGAUGCGUGAUGGUGAAUCGUACUGUGUUUCCAAACCAAAUAUAACUGAUUUUACUGAUUGUGUGAGUAUUGCUGCUGCGGAACAUAAUGCAUUGAACGUUGCAUCUUAUGAGAGUUUGAGUAUGGAAACAAUUGGUCCAUUGUAUACAUUGUCUUUGUAUAACCAUUCAACUUUCACCACUUCUGCUACGGAAAGUAUAUCAGCAACAUCCACAUCGGAGACAGAAUAUAAAAACUGUGGAAUUUCUCCAUUAUCUGAUAUUUGUGAAGUCAUCAUUUGGCAAAGCAAUGAUACCUGUGCGUCUGUUGCAAAAAAAUACAAUUUGACUGUUGAUGAAUUGGUUCUGUUCAAUUGGGGUCAUAACGCUAUAAUGGAACUUUUUGAAGUUCUGUACUGCGAUGGUGUUACUGAAGGUGAUCAUGUAUGCAUAACUGAACCUGAUUAUAGUGAAUGUGGAUAUUUCGGGUCAUGUAAUUUUCAAAAUCCUGUAUUUUUCUGUGAUUCCUAUAUGGCUGAUCGUGAUAACAUAACCUGUAAGGAAAUAAGUGUUAUGCAUAAUAUCACUAUGGAAGAUUUUAAAGAAUGGAACAAAUUUAAUGAUGUGUCACUUAGAUGCUGGGACGAAGGAUGGAUAAGCAAAUAUGAUUCAUUCUGUGUUUCCAAACCUAAUAUUACAGACUUUGCAGAUUGUUUUAGUAUUGCAUUAGCAGACCAUGAUCCAUGGGGAGCCGAACUUUAUGAGACAUCCAGUCUAGAAAACUUUCGACCACUGAUUCCAGUGACUACUAAAAUUUCAAACUCAGCUGCAAGUUUUACCAGUACUUCCACACGUGAUGAUUAG